AUCCAUUUAGAGUUCUUUAUUUUUGUGUCAUUAUCUAUAAAGAUAUUUAUACUAGUCUACUGAAAAAAGCACUGCGUCUUGUUUAAUUCAUUCAGAUAUCCUUGACGUGAUAUGUUACUGCAUCUGAAGUGUAAAACCGGUUUGACUAUUUUAAGACCAUUCUAUGGCAUUUUUUCAUCUCUAAAUGUAUCAGUUACCUGCCUGUAUCUAAGUCCAAAGUACUGGAUUCUGCGUGUAAUAUGUACAACAAUUUUAAAAUUUUCAAAUUUCACGAUGUUAGACAGAGUACUAGCAGGACAAAGAGUUCUUUAGUUGCUUGCAUAGAAUCUGAAUUAGCAACUAUAGUCAAAGCUGGUACAUGGAAAAAUGAGCGCAUAAUUGCUUCGCCUCAACGAAAGGAAAUCAUAUUAUCAAAUGGGAAGAAAGCGCUCAAUUUUUGUGCCAAUAAUUAUCUGGGUCUAGCGGAUAAUAAGGAUGUCAUCAAUGCAGCAAAGAUUGCAUUGGAUAAAUAUGGUGCUGGUUUGAGUUCCGUAAGAUUUAUAUGCGGGACACAGGAGAUACAUGUCGAAUUAGAGAAAAAAAUUGCCAAAUUUCAUGGCAGGGAGGAUACGAUUCUUUAUGCGUCUUGCUUUGACGCGAAUGCUGGUAUCUUUGAAACUUUAUUAACUACCGACGACGCGGUAAUAAGUGAUGAGCUAAAUCAUGCGUCUAUUAUUGAUGGGAUACGAUUGUGCAAAGCAAAAAGAUACAGAUAUAAACACAGAGAUAUGACGGAUUUGGAGAAUAAACUUCAAGAAAAUAAGUCAGCACGAUUGCGUCUUAUUGCAACUGAUGGAGUAUUUUCUAUGGAUGGUACUGUUGCACCAUUAUCGAAAAUAAUCGAGCUUGCAAAAAAAUAUGACGCUAUCACAUUCGUAGACGAUUGCCAUGCCACUGGAUUUUUUGGUAAAACCGGCAGAGGUACAGAAGAAUAUUUUGAUCAUCUGGGAGACAUUGACAUCAUUAAUUCUACGUUAGGAAAGGCUCUUGGAGGAGCGGCAGGUGGUUAUACGACUAGUAAAAAAGAGAUUGUAAGUUUGCUAAGACAAAGAAGUAGACCAUAUCUGUUCUCAAAUUCAAUACCUCCAUCUGUAGUUGCAUCGGCAAUUAAGGUGAUGGAUCUUGUAAUGGAUAACACAAAGUUUUUGAAUCGUUUAGCAAGCAAUACUAAGCAUUUCAGAAAUGCGAUGACCAUGGCUGGCUUCACUAUUAGUGGCGAUAAUCACCCUAUUUGUCCUGUGAUGUUAGGUGAUGCAAAAUUAGCAACAACAUUUGCUGAUAAAAUGAUGGAAAAAGGAAUUUACGUCAUUGGAUUCAGCUAUCCUGUAGUACCAAAAGAUAAAGCAAGAAUACGUGUUCAGAUUAGCGCAGCGCAUUCGACUGAAGAUAUAGAUCGUGCUGUGAAUGCUUUCAUACAAAUUGGAAAAGAACUUGCGGUAAUUUAAUAAAUAUAUUUUUGAUAACAGCAUCGAUAAGAAUAUCUCGUUGGUAACAAUACAGAAAAACUGAAUGAUUGAUUUCAAUAUGCUAAAUGAUAAGUUUCAGUUUCUCCAAUAUGCAUUCUGUUUCAUUAUAUAAAUAAAUAAAUCGUAAUUUUAAUGCUAUGUGUUUAAACUGAUUUGUAUUAUACAAAUUAGAUAUUGCAAAUAUAUAGUGCAUGCGAAUGUAACAUUGAAUUUAUUAACAUGUGCAAUAACAAAUAUUUUAAUCGAGCAGUAUAUUAAAGGUGUACCUUUUUUUAUACAAAUUUCCAACGCGCGAGGUUGCAAGUGUAUAAAAACCUUGAAUUAAGUGUAAAGUGUUAUAUUGUUAUUAAACAUUUAUUACAUAAAUGCUAAGGUUUGUACGGUC